CAAAGGCAGAUACCCAGUGCCUGGCUUUCCCCCUGGACAGCGGGGAGAGGGCGUGCGGGCAGAGUUGAUCUCUAAGGCGAAGGCUUUCUUUACGGGCAGAGCAGGUCUGGGGUGGCUUUUAAAGCUGCCCUGGAGGACUGAGGCUUUCUUCUCCUCCCGUCUGCUGUGCGCUGCUCCUCCUGCUCCUCUGCCGCUCGCCCGCUCUGAGAUCCGGGGACAUGUUGUGCGUCUGAGAGGAGGCACGGGAGGGAGGGCGCUCCGCAGCGAGAAACUUUGUGCACAUUUCUGGGAGAGGAACAGCAGACAUGUCGGCAGCCGUGGGACCCGGUGGCUCCGUGCCGGGGGAGGCGGCUGGUCCCCGAAGCAGAAGCCGUCUCUGAAACAGGGUCUCAGAGUCUGGGGUGUCUCGCGUGUGACCCGUGCGCAAGAAAAUGAGUUCCGGGGUGAACUGCUAAACCAAAGGUGGACACACAGAGGCCAGGCCAGCAGCUGCAGGACCUCGAGACGCCUCCCGGGCAGACACGGCAAGAUGAGCUUAGAAAAUGAUGACAAGCGAGCUCGCACCCGAUCCAAGGCCCUCCGAGGACCCCCAGAGACCACAGCUGCAGACCUCAGCUGCCCCACCCCGGGAUGCACAGGCUCAGGACACGUCCGGGGCAAGUACUCCAGGCACCGAAGUUUGCAGAGCUGCCCUCUGGCCAAGAAGAGGAAGCUGGAGGGAGUGGAGGCCGAGCACCUGGUGUCCAAGAGGAAGUCGCAGCCCCUGAAGCUGGCUCUGCACGAGGGCUGUGGUGUGGACAGCGACGGCAGUGAGGACACCGAGGUGAAGGACGCCUCUGUUUCAGAUGAAUCGGAAGGAACUCUGGAGGGGGCCGAGGCCGAGCUGUCUGGACAGGAGGAGAUUCAUCGCCCCGAGCCAGCUGAAGGAAGGAGCCCCAUCAAGCCCCACUUUGGGGCCAACCCCGUCAGCAGCCCCGCCGGCUCCUCCAAGGGCAGCUACGGCAGCUACAAGGGAAGCAUCGCCACUUCUCUGCUGAACUUGGGCCGGAUCGCUGAAGAGACCCUGGUCGGGGAGGACCUGGGCCAGGUGGCCAAGCCAGGCCCCCGCAUCGUGCACCUGCUUCAGGAGGAGGCUGCAGAGGGGGCCACCAGUGACGAGGGUGAAAAGGACCUCUUCAUCCAGCCCGAGGAUGCGGAGGAGGUCGUCGAGGUCACCAGCGAGCGCUCCCAGGAGCUGUGUCCCGCGUCCCUGGAGGAUGUGGCCAGCGAGGAGUCCAGCACGCACAAAGGCGUCCUGGGUCACGAGGAGGAGGAGGAUGAUGAGGAGGAGGAGGACGAGGAGGAGGAGGAUGAGGAGGAGGAAGAGGAGGAGGAGGAGGAGGAAGAAGGGGAGGAAGAGGAGGAGGAAGGGGAGGAGGGAGAGGAGGGGGCAGCUGCCGACGUGAUCUUCGAGGAGGACGCCGCCCGCGCCUCUGCCCAGAAGGCCCCUGAGCUCCGGCGCCCGGAGCCGCCCAGCCCCAAGCCCGAGUACGCCGUCAUCGUGGAGGUCUGCUCGGACGACGACAAGAACGAGGACGCACGCUCCCAGAAGUCGGCGGUCACGGACGAGUCGGAGAUGCACGACAUGAUGACCCGGGGGAACCUGGGCCUCCUGGAGCAGGCCAUCGCCCUGAAGGCCGAGCAGGUGCGAGCCGUGUGCGAGCCGGGCGCCCCCGCGGAGCAGGGCCCGCUGGGCCUGGGCGAGCCAGCGAAGGCGGCGAGGCCCCUGGAUGCCGGGCGCAAGAGCUACUACAGCAAAGAUCCAUCGAGAGCUGAGAAGCGGGAGAUCAAGUGUCCGACACCAGGCUGUGACGGCACUGGCCACGUCACUGGCUUGUACCCGCACCACCGCAGCCUGUCGGGCUGCCCCCACAAGGACAGGAUCCCCCCGGAGAUCUUGGCCAUGCAUGAGAACGUGCUGAAGUGCCCUACUCCUGGCUGCACGGGCCAGGGCCACGUGAACAGCAACCGCAACACACACAGAAGUUUAUCUGGCUGUCCCAUUGCUGCUGCCGAAAAAUUAGCCAAAUCUCAUGAGAAGCAGCAGCCACAGACGGGAGAUCCUUCCAAGAAUAGCUCCAAUUCAGAUCGAAUCCUCAGGCCCAUGUGCUUUGUGAAGCAGCUCGAGGUCCCUCCGUACGGGAGCUACCGGCCCAGUGUGGCUCCUACCACGCCCAGGGCCAACUUGGCCAAGGAGCUGGAGAAGUUCUCCAAGGUCACCUUUGACUACGCAAGUUUCGAUGCUCAGGUUUUUGGCAAACGCAUGCUUGCCCCAAAGAUACAGACCAGCGAAACCUCACCUAAAGCCUUUCAAUGCUUCGACUACUCGCACGACGCGGAGGCGGCGCACAUGGCUGCCACUGCCAUCCUGAACCUCUCCACGCGCUGCUGGGAGAUGCCCGAGAACCUCAGCACGAAGCCGCAGGAGCCCCCCGGCAAGUCUGUGGACAUCGAGGUAGAUGAAAACGGAACGCUGGACUUGAGCAUGCAUAAACACCGCAAGCGGGAAAGCACCUUCCCCAGCAGCAGCAGCUGCAGCAGCAGCCCCGGCGUGAAGUCUCCUGAUGCCACCCAGCGCCAGAGCAGCACCAGUGCCCCCAGCAGCUCCAUGACCUCGCCCCAGUCCAGCCAGGCCUCCCGCCAGGACGAGUGGGACCGGCCCCUGGACUACACCAAGCCCAGCCGCCUGAGAGAGGAGGAGCCGGAGGAGUCAGAGCCAGCAGCCCAUUCUUUUGCUUCUUCUGAAGCAGAUGACCAGGAAGUGUCGGAAGAGAAUUUCGAGGAGCGGAAGUACCCGGGGGAAGUCACCCUGACCAACUUUAAGCUGAAGUUUCUCUCCAAGGACAUAAAGAAAGAGCUGCUCACCUGUCCCACCCCUGGCUGUGACGGCAGCGGCCACAUCACCGGGAACUAUGCCUCCCACCGCAGCCUCUCUGGUUGCCCUCUUGCUGACAAGAGCCUCAGAAACCUCAUGGCUGCCCACUCUGCCGACCUCAAGUGCCCCACGCCCGGCUGCGAUGGCUCCGGCCACAUCACAGGGAACUACGCCUCUCACCGGAGCUUGUCAGGCUGCCCUCGUGCCAAGAAAAGUGGAGUGAAAGUGGCCCCCACCAAGGAUGACAAGGAGGACCCUGAGCUGAUGAAGUGCCCAGUUCCAGGCUGUGUGGGGCUUGGUCACAUCAGCGGCAAAUACGCCUCCCACAGAAGUGCAUCUGGCUGCCCGCUGGCUGCCCGGAGGCAGAAAGAAGGUUCCCUCAAUGGCUCGUCGUUCUCCUGGAAGUCCCUGAAGAACGAGGGGCCAACCUGCCCCACCCCCGGCUGCGACGGCUCUGGCCACGCCAACGGGAGCUUCCUCACCCACCGAAGUUUGUCAGGCUGUCCCAGAGCAACAUUUGCUGGGAAGAAGGGAAAACUCUCAGGGGAAGAGGUUCUCAGCCCAAAGUUCAAGACCAGUGACGUGCUAGAGAAUGACGAGGAGAUCAAGCAGCUGAACCAGGAGAUCCGAGACCUGAAUGAGUCCAACUCGGAGAUGGAGGCCGCCAUGGUGCAGCUGCAGUCCCAGAUCUCCUCCAUGGAGAAGAACCUGAAGAGCAUCGAGGAGGAGAACAAGCUCAUCGAGGAGCAGAAUGAAGCCCUGUUUCUGGAGCUGUCCGGCCUGAGCCAGGCCCUCAUCCAAAGUCUCGCCAAUAUCCGCCUUCCACACAUGGAGCCAAUAUGCGAACAGAACUUCGAUGCCUAUGUGAGCACGCUCACCGACAUGUACUCCAACCAGGAGUGCUACCAGAACCCUGCGAACAAGGACCUCCUGGAGAGCAUCAAGCAGGCCGUGAGGGGCAUCCAGGUCUAGGCCGUGUGUCCUGAGGAGCGCCCAGCCCGCCUCAUCAUCACCUCCCACUCCCGCCCUUGCGGCGGGAUCCCCAACUCACAGUGACUUCUCGUUCGAAGCCCAGCGUGGCCUCGGGCGGGUUUAUCCAAAGGGGUGCCUGGAAAUUAGUGUCCCCCACGAUGCCCCUGCCAGGCUUGGGGCUGUGAGCCACCCACGAGGGGCACUGGGGCACUGAAGUAUUACAAAGUGAUUUAUUUUUGUUUUCUGGAAGAAAUCCGAAAAGCAGCUCAAAGUCUCCAGUGGAAGCUCAUGGACAAGGUUCUCAGGGAAGUUUUGGAGUUUGCAACCACAGUAUUUUGUCUGUCGAGGCUGGGAGGGUGGCCGCGGGCACAGUGGCGGGUGGUGGGAGGCUGAGGCUCAGCCUGGGGCAGCGUGUCUGUGCUCGGUGAGGGCCCUGUGGCACGUGUGUUUUCUGUUUUUGUUUAAUUCCGUUUGUGUUAAGGGUGGAACAAAGCUCUGUUCCAGAGGGAAAGUCAGGAGCAGGCCUUCCAGACUACCACUCGCGAUGGUUGGCAAGCAUCGCGGCCCACAGUCAGCUCAAGGAAUUUAAGCCUGGGACACCCCUGAAAAUCAGCCUUGUGUCUGGGGCUGUGGGCACCCAGAGCCUGUGCAGACACGUGUGUCUUGGGGUCAUGGCUCCCUCUGGGAGCUGUAGCCUCUAGACCACGGGUCUGGGCUCCAAGCCCAGGGACCACCAGGCCAGGCCUCUGGCUUCUGUGUGUCCACCCAGGCCCCUGGCCUGUCACUGCCACAUUUCCUGGGUCCUGUCUGGCUUGGUCUUUGUGUCCCAGGUGAGGUGGGGAUGACAUCAUUAGGUUGGGGGUAAAUUCCUAACAGGAGGCCACCAAGGUUUCACUUCUUUUAGAUCCAUUUGAGAUGUGAAAAAAGGUGAAUUUUAAUUUAAUGUGUUAAAAACACAAUGUUCCUACUGUGUAAAUAGAGUCCAAGUCAAUGGUGACUGCAAUUCAGAGUUAGUAUUUAAAAGUAGAGAAAUUGCACUUCUUGGAAGAAAUUAAAAAGUAGUUAGUUUAAUUAUUCUGUAAAUUAUUUAAUUUUGUCAAGAUGUAAGUAUUUAUAUUCACAACCUCUUAUGUUAACGUUUGCUAUUUAUUUAACAUUUUUAUUUAUUAAUUUUAUACUAUUUCAAAUAGAUCCCACACUAGGGCACCAUAAGAGGGAAAAAAGUGAAAUCAAAGCAAAGUAACUAUUUGACUAUAAUAUAGGCCACAAAAAAAAUCUUGAUAUAACUUCUAGUUAUAAUUUUGAUGCAACCAAGUUAUUUUUUAUAUAUUUUGUUAUUUAUUCUUUUAAUAAUGGAAUUUUUAAAAAAGUAUUUUGUAACUGAGGAAUUUUGAUAAUUUGGGGAUUUUUUUUCCCCUUAGUCUGGUGGAGAGAAAGACUUUUUGGUUUUCUUUUUCCCUUUUGGGUUCCUUUUGUUUCAGGCAGAGAUAACAGCAAAUGGAAUUCUGUAUUUAUUAUUAUUUAAGCGUAGCGCAGAUGUGCGUGCUCUGGCGUGUUUCUCGUGUCUGUGUGUGUGUUGGCUCUCACGGCUGAGCCGUCCUGUGAGGGAGUCUGGCCGCAGGCGCCGAGGAGCCUCCGGACGCAAGGCUCGCCGCCCUCCCUCUGACAGCUCUGAUACUGUGACCCUCCUUCCUCAGGAAACGCUUGAACCCACAGCACUGGCGUGUCUGCAGGGUGAUUUCCUAAUAAAAGUCCACUCUGACUGUGA